AUGGAUUUCCUUCUCGGAGACUUCUGCCUGUCCUGCGAUCGUCAGACCAACGGGACAAACUUCUGUUCCUCGGCAUGCCGUCUCACACAACUCGAUCACUAUACCCUGGCGUCGUCGACGCCAUCCUCCUCUCCCCGUGACACCAGUAUCACCACGUUCUUCUCUUCGUUACAACGCCCUUCACUGUACAUCAACACGAACACGACCGGUCUCUACCUUCCACCAGCCUACGACUUCUCCAUCCACCGGACCUCGUCUUCGAACUCGCUCUCUACAUCCCAGAUCUCUCGCCCAGUCAGCCCUAAGCUGUCCGAACAAGCCCAGAAUGAUCUGAAGGACUAUGUGGGAUCGUUCGACCAGACAAGGACCUUGAAGAGACGAGUGUCAAUGCAAAGCAAUGAAGACAUAAAAGCCUCUUGGAGAGGG